AACACGUCUGCUCCCCGCAAAUGUCACUUUAUUCAGGUCGAUGAAGAUUUAUUAUUGCAAUGAUCCCAGACAACCCGAAUAAGAAGAAUUAAAACCUAAGCAACGUUGCUGGACGAUGACCUGAUACAGCAUCUGUUUGCUUCUACAGGUGUUGUACAGAUUAAGACCGUCCAACUGUUACAGACUAAUAAAGCCACACCACACUGUUAUCUGUCCAUGAUGGAAGACUCACCCAAAUUGACUCUCUAUAAUUUCGAUGAUCCACAGUACGACAACUGCAGCUAUGUGCUGACCAGUCCACGCUCCCUGGAAGCAUGUUCCAGGAUGGGAGUAAAGCCAGUUGACCUUCUCUAUACACCUCCCACUGACCAAGAUCAUCAGAUUUGCCAUCUUCUAUAUCCUGAUACACUCUGUAGCAGACUUCACAACGAACAAGAGGACCUGAGACAACUGAAACUGAAACUAUGUUUGGAAGAGAGAAACAGGAUUCUGAAAAAGGAACAGCUAGAUUUGUUAAAUAAGAAUUCCACAGAGAAUACAGGGGACAAUUUCUUUAACAAUUCCCAAAUGGAUAACAUCUAUAGCAGCAGUUAUGGAGAUAACAAAUCUCGGUACCAAUUUCAUGAAUAUCCGAAGACGGCAUGGAUGGAACACAGUUAUGAGGAUAAGGUCUCCAGAUACAAAUUUGAAGAGAGGAUGAAAGAACUCCGUGAAGAGAGCAGGAAGUUGAGGCAAGAUUUAAAAUGUCGAGAGAAGAACUUUCUGAAUACGAUGAAAAGUGCUGCUGGGUCUUCACUGCCAUCCAGUGCACGGUCAUCUCCUAAAAGGGAACCAUUACUGAGCAGUCUUGAGAAGAAAAGUGCAUCAUUGGACAGUUACAACAGUAGGAAAGAGAAAUUAGCAUCAAAGUCAAAAGGUCAUCUGAAAUUGACUCCCAAGGACCAGAAAAUUCUGGAUGUGAUGAAGAGCAGAAGAGAAAAUGAAAGAGCUUGCUGCCAGAGACGACAGAUGCUGCAUCAUCAGUGGGAGAGAGAAAAAAGACAAGAAGAAAUGGUGAAAAGCACUUUGGAGAAUAUCAGAAGAAAGAUGAUAAGAGUUACUAAUUUAAAAUCUGAGAGAAACCUGAAUGAGAUAUGGGAAGAAGAAAGCAAGAAACUUGAAGAUAUAGAUGCCACAACACCGGCUGAUGAUGGUACUAUGACACACAGAAGCGACCAGUUGCUGGAGGAAUUGAUAAAGAAGGAGGAGGUGAGAGUCCGAAUGAGUAACAGGAGAAAGCAGAAAAAGAAACAUCAGGAGGAGAAACUGCAGGAUCUGACACAGGAAGAGGAAUUGAUGAAGAAGAUGUUACAAGAGAAACAAGAAAUGGACAUCCAGAGAGCAUCACAAAAGAAACAAACCAUGGUUGCCAACAGUGUUGCUAAAAUUAAGAAAAUCAACACCGAACGUUUUAAUAAGUAUAAAACACAAAAAGAGUUUUUAAAUACACAGGAAAGGGAUGUUUGUGAGAGUCUAUCUCAAGUCCUUGCACAACAACAGGGACAAGUGAUGGGCAAUUUGGAUAAACUUAACAGUGAACGUGUUGCUUUGCAAAAAUAUAAACGAAAAAUCUUUGAUAAGAGACUUGAAAGAAGCCGAAAUCUCAAACACCAAGGAGAGAAGGAAAAGUGUUGUGGCAGAAAGGGAGUGGAAGAACUUACUGAAGAGCAAAAAGUCCAGACACACACCUGCUCAGCUAGCAUGAAAGCCCAGAAGGCACGUGAGGAUCGAUUACACCGAGAAAUUAGUCAUGCUUCAAAUAUGAAGAGGAUCAACAGAUAUCUUGAGUUGUGGAAAGAGAAGACAGUAGAACAUCUGAGUGAGAAAGAAAAGCGGUUGGAAGAAAUACAGGCUGCCAGGGAGCAGCAAAUGAAUGAGGUGAAUUUUCUAGUCAGAUGGAUUGCACUAUGA